AAAAGUGUAGCGUACUUUUAAAACAUCUGAAUUUCAUGGUUGGACAUUUUGACCAAAAAAAAAGUGCCGUCCGUGAUCAUUGCUGUCCGUCCGUUGUGUUUUUGUGUGUGUGAACCUUUAUCGUACAAGACGGCGAGAGAAAAGCCAAAAGUCAAUAUGGAGUCCGUUUUUCGACUAGCACGGUUCUUUCUGACCUUGAUCCAAAAAAGAGGGGGUGUGUGAAAAAAAACCCAAGGAAAAAACGUGCAGAGUACUUGCAAGGGGAAAAAGGACACCACCUUGCCAAAACAUAAAGAAGCAAGUGUGUUAGUGCCCUUUUCAUGAAGGCUAGUCGUACCCUCCCGGCAAGACCCAUUCCGUCAAGAUGAUCCUCAUAUGGAUGGUCCUGCUUGGUGCAGCUAGUGUGAGCGCACUCCCCGUACUCAACACGACUGUAAAGACCCAGAGCGUCUGUGAGGGAGUGCCUGAUUUUGUCUUACGGAAUGCUCCUAUCGUCUACCUUGAGGCCUCUGAAAAGCAUUUCCCGGGGGACCCAGCCGAAUUCCUCGGCCACAUUAACCCUCUCGACCCCACCAACAACCUCAUACCGGGUCCAACACCGAUCACCUUGGCCAACCUCCCCCAAUACCCCUCAAAAACAUUCCUAACCGCUCAAGAUAAUGUGGAAACCGAUCCAACCUGGCUCACAAACCCAACCGCAAAACCAACCAACCUAGUCUCAACCGCCCCAUCCACCCUCAUCACCGUCUCAAAACCCAAUGGCAUCACCGACGCAUUCUGGUUCCUAUUCUACCCAUUCAAUCAUGGUCCCAAAGUCCUUGGCCGGCAUUACGGUGACCACGUGGGAGAUUGGGAACACGUUCUGGUCCGGUUUGAAGGUGAUCAACCACGUUUUGUUUACUUUUCGGCUCAUGAUGGGGGAAAGGGGCUAGAUUAUGCUGCUACCGAUAAACACUCUUCGGGUCGACCCAUUUCCUAUACCGCGCGCGGAUCGCAUGCCAAUUAUCCUAAUAAUGGAGAUAAAGGAAAACACCCCUAUAUCCUCCCCUUUGGAUUACUCGCCGACAUUACAUCCGAUGCAAAAACAGCGUUCCAAUGGGACCCUGCUCGAUUUUAUCGGGCGUAUUGCAUGUCUGAUGGCCACUUUACGGCUGUACCUGGUACGACUCUCCCCGAUACCGACUGGUUGGCAUGGCCUGGCACGUGGGGUGACCAACAAUACCCUCGUAGUGAUAAACGACAGUACGAACUCUUUGGACAGUGGCAUUAUGUGAGUGGACCUUCUGGACCUGCCUUCAAGAAUUUGGGGAGGACGCAGAUUUGUGAGAAUGAGAGCAAGUGUAGUGUUGCGGUGCGGAAUACGUACAUGACGAUGGAUCAAGCUAUGAAUUCUAUGAAGAAUGCUAGCUUUGUGGUUGGUGGGUAUGAAUAGAAGAGAUGUGGUAGAUGAGUGGUAGGUAGAUUGGAGGGAUAAGAUUUCGUUUUGUUUUUUUUUUUUUUUUGUGGUGGUCUUUCUUCAAGUUGGACUUUUCCAUGGGUGAAAGUAUCAAUUUCAAGUUUUGUUAGAGUAGAUACGUGAUGGACCGAGAUAUACAAAGGAGGAUAAAAGUUAUACGUUCCAUAGUUUUUACAGCGGAAAUUAGUUACCAUAGGGUAUUAGUAUAUUUGAAAUUAGGUGAAAUAAAACUAAUACAAGUUAUAUAAAAAAAAAAAAAAAGUUGGACAACAAAUGAAAACUUGUAAAAUGUAAAAGA